UUUUGCUACUAUGUCUGAUCUGAAUCUAAAUGCACAAGAGGACAAAGCCGUGGAAUCUGUGUCUGACAGCCCAGGUUGUACUCAGGAGCCAUUACAGAGUCACACAUUCUCCCAGAAGAACAAUGCUGCAGGUCUGUCCUCAGAUGAACACGAAAACCCUUUAAAUGGAACCCAGCCGAAUCCAUUUGUAUACAGCAGUGUCCCUGCUGUUCCCAAUGCAGGCUAUUCAUUGCCUUCAGGAGCACUUGUUAAUGGACCUGGUUCACACCCCACCUCAGAGGUACACUGUGUCCUGAACAAAGGCACUGUUUUAUCCAACAAUGUCCUGGAUGCCGCGUGGCAAGCGGAGAAGGACACGAGCCCCGAGGUGUUACCACCACCUAGUGAGCUUCAAUCAGACGCUUGGAAGAACACAGCGGGGCCCGUCGUAAAAACACUAGCCACACAGCCAGGUGUCAACACGCCACUGUCUCACUCGGAGGAGAAUGAGUCUAAACUGGCCUAUUCCACACUGUCAGGUGACAGUGCAGAGCAAAUGCACAUUAGCCAACCUUUAACAAAACAGACAAUGAAAACAAGAUCUCCACGGGAAGUAGAAUGGUCACAAAGCUCCUUUCAUGAUUAUGAUGAUGCUGAAGUAAUCAGAUGGGAUCCAAUAGGAGGGUGCUUGUUGCGCAAUGACAGAAGGCUGGAGACCAAAGUGAUGCACAAAAGAGACAAGAAGCACAAUGCACAUGUAAAAAGCAUGUCAGGCUCUCAAGAAAAGGUUACCAACAGCUUCAAUCACACAUAUGGAGGUUUCUGUUUCUGCAGUGGUAAUGAUGUUGACAUCACCAACAAAGCUGAUUCUUUGGGAACACAGUCUGAUGUUAAACAUUCUGUUGUGCCAUUCAAAGAUCUUUCUAGGAACACCGCUUCAGACUCUGAACCCCAUUUUUAUAGCACAGCACAGGAAGGCUGUAAUGAGGAAAAUGACCCUGAAGAUGAAGACAAUUUUAGACCAAAAGUGGAACAGUUGAAGACAGAACAAGUUGAACAAGAUCCACUUUUCUUUUCAUGCACAAUAUGCAAUGUUAAUUUCAAGGAAAAAAGACAUUUCCAUAGACAUAUGAUGUAUCAUUUAGGCAAGCAUAAUCAGGUGAACAGUGAGAAUGUUUCACAGCCCUUUAUAUGCAGGGAGUGUGGGCGUUUGUUCUGUGAUAGCAACUCCCUCAUGAGGCACAUCAUUAUUCACCAAGACAGGCUGGAAAAACUUAUGGAGGAAAUCAAAGGUCUUAAAAACACUGAAUUCGAAGACAGGGGCACCACAGUACAGUGCCCGCAGUGUGUAUUUGGUUGUAACUGCCCUAAAGUCUUUGUCCAGCAUGCCAAAACACAUGAUAAUCUGAAGCACUACUACUUCUGUGAGGAGUGUAACUAUGUUACACUGACACAACAGGCACUUGAGGCACACCUACAUAGUGCACACCUCAACACACACCAGCCUCAAUGCAGAAAAAUUACUCAUACUAACGAUGCAGAGGAAGUGGACCAUGUUAAGUUUCAGCGUAAAAUAGUUUUUUUCUCUAGCAGAGACAAAGUUAUAUUGGAAAGACAUUCUGAGCUGGAGCGUCAGCGAUCACACUAUGGUAAUUCUAAAAAGGUUGCUGACCAGUCCAAAAUUGCCGGGUCUAAACCAAGUCUGUCUAAGUUUAUUUUUGGAGAAACAGCCGAAUCCCCCCACUGUUCCAGUAAAACGGGGGACAUAUACGUUCAAAAGUCCAAUGACAAAACAGCAAGUUCUCCUCAGUUUAAGUCAUGCCAUGUUGACUGCACCAAAAACAUGCUCUCACCGUCUUUGUGGAUGGUGGACAGGCAUGGAAAAUUACUCCCACAACCAGCAGAAAAAUUAGACGUGGCAACUGAUCUCACCUGUGUCGAAGGAGAUGCUGAAAACAAUGACUGCGAGGCUUUUGGCAGCUCAAAGCAGGCAAACUGUCCUGCAACCGCAGAUUUUUUCCUAUCAGCCAGAAAUCCUAAAUUAGACCAGAUGUUCUGUCAGGGUAGCAAGAACGACCAGGCAAGCGGGAGUUUACAAGCACAAGCAAUGAGAAAAAUGUCAACACCCUUGCAUAACUCUAUUGACAGUAUGAAUGGUAAUAUAUUGCCAAGGCUUAGCCAGAGGCUGAAGAAACAGUCUGCAGAUAGGGAGUUAGAGAAAGGCUGUAAGGGCAGCAGCAACUUCAGUGAUGACACCAGUGGAGCCACAGGCAGCUUCUUGGAAAGCAGCGAAAAUGAAAGGAACCCGUAUGCUCGGAGGUAUUUCAGAAAGAGGCAGAGGUUUUCGGCCAAACACCAAAGCCCUCAUGUACUCAGGGAUGAAGAUGAUGGAGAUGAAGACUGUAGUGACAUAGAGCAACUCGUAAUCAAGGAGGAGUAUAUCGAAACUACAGUGUGUGAUGAUUCCCCAGAGUCGCCUUGUACACCUUGUGACAGCCUUGAUGUUUUCCCCGCACCAGGAGUAAAACACAAGCCCUGUCCGUACUGCCCUGCCAUGUUUGAAUCUGGAGUUGGUCUGUCCAAUCAUGUUCGAGGCCACCUUUACCGAGUUGGCUUGAGCUAUAACGCUCGGCACAUGGUUUCGCCAGAGCAGGUGGCGUUGAAGGACCAUCAGCCACGAAUCCGCAGGAGGAUCCCCUGUGGCACGAGAAAAAUGAAAAAAGCUGUUAAACCAGAAACCCAAGGAGAGCACGCAUGCCCCCUGUGCUGGGGUUGGUUUGAUACUAAGACUGGCCUUUCCAACCAUGUGAGGGGACACCUGAAACGAAUUGGUGGAAGUGUUACCAGCACCAGUAAGUCCCCGCUCUGCAUCCUAAAUGAACUGCUACAGGACAAAAAGGAACAUCGGAACAUCCUCCAGGUCCUCAACAAGAGCCAAUUCCCCUCACGAUCCUUUGUCUCUCCGAAUUUAAUCAGCAGCAAUGGCCUGGUCCUGAUGCGCACAGGCAUCCCAGUGAAAAUCCAGUACGAGAUGAAGAGCCCACGUCCUAUCUUGGACAGCUUUGUACCAAAACAGGAGGCAGAGGCCUUCUCAGAAAAGAAGAAGUUUCUGGUAGAGGCACAAAGAGGCACUAAGGCCUCCUCAAGCACUUUAGUUGAACUGCUCAAGAUGAGACGGGAAAGUAUGGAGCUUUCAGCGAGAAACAACCAGGAAGCCUAUGCAACCAGGAAGCUCUGUGAUUUAACCAAAGAUUACAUGGAGGAGACACAGAUGACCAAUGUGCAAUCAAACUGGGCUCAUGGGGAAUGUGAUUCGAAUAAGAUUUGUAUUCAGUGUAACAGCACCUUUCCCAGGCUUCCCGGUCAUCUUCAAGCCUAUACACACAGGAAGAGGAUUGCCAUUUUUGAAGGACCAGGCUAUGGUUAUAAACAGAAGAAGCCAAGACCAAGGCCUGGGUUAAAAAAGAAGAUUUUACCAUCCUUGAAUGCUGAGAUAUACACACUCACCUGCAGAUUCUGUGACUUAGUCUUCCAGGGUCCCCUGUCUGUCCAGGAGGAUUGGAUCAAGCAUUUACAGAGGCACCUUCUGCACACCAGCGUGCCCCACUCAGGGACAGGGAUGGUAGAGGUUUUGGGUCUUCAUCACAAAAUACAAAUGAACAUGUCUUGUGAGCACCCAGACCUUGAGUAGAGUUUGGCCUGUCUAGAACUUCCAGUUGCGUGAAUUUGCACACUAUAAUCAAUACAUUAUUUUAGAUUAGUCCUGCAGCUCUUU